AUGUCCUAACCACAAGUGCUAUUCAUGAUAAUGAUGAGGAGGAUACUAUAGAGGAUCAUCAUCAUCAUAAUGAUGAUGAUGAUGAUGACACUGAGUAUGAUGGUAAUAAUGAUCACGUGGUCAUCCCCGUUGGCGUCGAUACUACUACUAGUGGUAUAUUACCUAUCUAUAUUGGUGAUGAUAUAACAGAUGAGGAUGG